ACUUAGUUUGUGUCUUGUCACUUGCAUGACACUUUACAUCACUGAGUCUUGACUUACACUUUACUUUAGUUUAACUUUAGUAAUUAAAUAUAAUAGUUAGUCUUUGACUUUAGUAAAUAGUAGUAGUUUAGUAUCACUUUGUGAUUUUACAUUACACUUACACUAAAAGAAAGACUAAAUUUAAUUAAUAUUAAUAGUAGACUCUAAUUCUAACUCUAUAGUCUAUAAUUUUAAUGAUAUAAAAUAAAUUAUAAUGAGUCUAUAUAGUCACUAUAGAGUAUACUCAGUAUAGUCUCUAAGUGACUUACUGUGAUUAUACAGACACUAUAAUGACUAUAGUCAAUUAUUGUCAUACUGAGUCAUAGUUAUAAUUAGAAUUGAUAGGCUAAUAAAAAUACUGCUAAUAGUAUCUAACAGUAUAAUGAGUAUAUAAGUCAUUUAUUCAGUUUGACACUUUGAAUCAAACAUGGAGGAUAAUUUCCAGAUUUACUUUGUGAAGCCAGACAAAAAUGAAGAAAAUAGUUCUUCACUUGUGGAGGCUUUUGAGACUUUAUAUAAAAGUGAGUUCAAUUUCAAGCCUGAAUGGAUUACUCAAGAUGAUUGUUUGAAAGUCAGUAAUAAAGGAAAGCAUAUUUAUAUCUUUGAUCCAUUUGAGGGGAAAGGCUUUGACCACAUAUAUAGUUUAGGAUACAGAAUUUAUGGUCCUCGCUGCUUGCUUGCCAAUUUACUACAUGGAAUGGAACUACCUAGAAAUAGAAAACAACCCAUUUAUAACCUGGCAAUGAAGGGAGUCAAGUUGUGCUGCACUUCUGUUGAUAAGAAGACCAGAGAUGAAAUCAUGAAACUGACACAGCUAAUGGGCGGUGAAGUGUCCUGUGAUCUGACUGCAGAUAUCACUCAUCUAGUAGCUGGAGAAGUAGGAAGCAACAAGUACUUGGUGGCUUCAGAAAAUGGCAAACAGAUUAUGGUAAAAGAGUGGGUUUUUAAAGUCUGGGAAGUUUCUCAAACUAGGCAUAUAUUUGCAACAGAUGAUAUGUUCACAAAGUAUUCUUGCCCUGCAUUUCUUGGUUUGACGAUAGUAGUCUCUGGUUUUACAGUUGGUGAAAAAAAUAAAAUGAGAAACUUAAUUACAAGUUAUGGAGGCAAGUAUAGUGGGGAACUACAGAUGAAUGAGUGUACACACCUUAUUGUCAAAGAACCCAAAGGUCCAAAGUUUGAAGCUGCCAAGAAUUGGCAAAUUAGAAUAGUAAAUGAACAGUGGCUAUUACAUUGUUUGGAGAAACAGAAAUAUUUGGAUCCUAAAGCCUAUCAGUUUAAUGUGACAGCAGCUAGUAAAAAAGUGAAUACAUCAACACCAGAAAGAAUAUCAGUUUUAGGACCAAACAUAAAUGAUAUCAGUGCCAUAUCUGUUACUGGUCCAAACUCAAGCAUGCUUAGAGUGGAUGAAACCAAUAUGACAUCCUCACGCUUAUCGUGUAUGUUCACCACCACUGGCAAGGCAACAAAUAUAGCUGAGACUAGGUUGGGAGUUACUGGCUUUGGAGAUAACACAACUUUACCUACUGCUGAUGUUUUUCUGGAUGGUUGCAAGAUCUACUUAAGCGGCAUGAAAUCAUCGGUUGAAGACAAAGCUAAAAAAAUCAUCUCUGCUGGUGGUGGGUUGAGAGCUUUGAACAUAUCCGAGGGUAUUUCUCAUGUUAUUGUAGGCGACAUCGUUUCUUCUGAAAUAAAACAGAUUCUCAAAUUACAAGAAAGUCCUUUUGUAGUCACUAUAGACUGGCUCAUGGAUUGCUUUGCUCAGAAUAGUCAUGUAAGUGAAGACAAGUAUAUUUGCAGUGACUUUGAUCCUCAAGCUGAGAAAGAAAAAUCAAAUAAAAUCAAUAAUCCUUUGAAUGGCAGACCUUCUAAAGAACUAAAAUCUGUUGAGGAAAAGAGGAUGUCCAAAGAAGCCAAAGCAAACACUCAUUCACAGGAUAGAUCAAGUUUCAAGCAUGAUGCUCCUAGUGAUUUAGAAAUGGCUGAAUUGCUGAGUCAGUAUUUAGAACCAGCAGCUCCUACAAAUAGCAAACCAGAAGAUAGCACUGAGAAACUUGGUGAUGGGAAUGGAGGUCAAUCUACCAUAAUAUUGGCAGAAAAAAUUGAUGAAGACACAUUAACUCAAGAUCCUAAUGACCUGAUCAGUGAUGGAGACAAAGGAAUCUUUCAUAACUUGAAGUUUAUUAUUCUUGGCUUUGUAGAAGAAAUAAUUACAAAGUUAACUAGUAUUAUUAUAGAAAAUGAUGGUCAGGUCAUCGAUGGCAAUAAAAGAAGGCAAGUUGUGGACAUUGCAAUCGUUCCUCUGGGUGGGCAUCCUGUAGAUGUUACUGUCUCUGAAAUAUUAACUGAUUUCUGGCUGGAGUAUUGUCUUGAAAAUGGUACUUUUAUACCCUAUGACAGUCAUUGGCUGAACAGACCCAUGGAACUACCAGAAAGUGAGCCACUCAAAGAGCUCUGUAUAACUGUCAGUGGAUACACUGGUGUGGAGAGAAAUUGGAUCAUUGAUAUUGCUAGUUUCUUGGGUGCAAACUGCCAGAACAAAUUGUCUAGAAAGGCUACUAAAACUGUAAUGGUGAACACUCACCUUAUAGUUAACCAACCGAUUGGGUCAAAAUAUUUGGCAGCAAAGAAAUGGAAUCUUCCAGCUGUAGGAAAAGAGUGGCUGAUAAAAUGCAUAGAGACUGGUACCAAAGCUCCAGAGGAAGAAUUUGCUGUGGAAAUUCUUUACCAGCAACAGCUCGAGUCAGGGGCUAUUAACAGUUCUUCUACUUCUGAAACUGAUCCUAGGGAAAGGCAGACCUCCAGCACAUCCACAUUACCAACACCUGUGGCUGUGAAGAGGAAAGAGGAGGAAUUAAAGGCUGGGAAUGAAGAAGCUGAACUGAAAGCAGUCAAUAAAGACAAGUCUGCUCUAAAUUCUUCUGUGCAUGAUUUAGUUCAGACAAAAGACAGAGUACCAUCAUCCUCAGGGGAAAGUUCCGAGUCUGGGCAUCCAAAGGAUACCAACCCAAUAAUUUCAGCAUUAACCAAGGAAAACGAAUCAUCCAAUCAGCAGAGUGACAAGCAAAGAAAGAUUGUAUGUCACCCUAGCCAGACAGAUAAUAUAACUGCAGGCUGUUUAAAAACACCAGCUAGUGUCAUGAGACAGAAAUGGGGUAUCAAUGUCUUAAAUGAUAGCCCAGCUACCACUCCCUAUGGGAUGAUUAAAGGAGGCGGAGAAACACCUGGCACAUUUAUGAAACCAGGAUUCAAACCAAAAUUUAAUAUUGAUGGAGUGUUUAGUUCUCCAGAAACCACUGAAGAUUUAAAUAAAUCUACUCCUUGGGGGGAAACAUUUAAAAGACACAUUUCUAGAGCAGCCCAAAUGGCCACUGCUCAGAAUGGUUCUGCUGCUGAUGCCGAUCAAGGGGAACUACCACCAUCUCAACAUGAUGUACAACCAUUACAUGGAGUGAUCAUAGCGGUUGCCAAAAAGUUGGGUCGAAGUCAUGAACAAUAUAACAACAUUGUGGUUGAACUAGGAGGAAACUACUCAUGGCAAAUGGGUCAGAAUGUUACACACUUUGUAUUUCAGGGCAGGCCCAAUGACACAAACAAAGAGUUUCGCAAUGCGAGGGAACAAGGAAAGAUCAUUGUCUCACCUUACUGGUUGUUUGCUUGUAAAGAACAGAAUGCCAGAGUUGAUGAGAGCCUAUAUCCACAUAAUUUUAACCCAAGCUACUCUUUGGCAAUGACUCCUGCUGCAAAGUUAACACCUUUAAGAAGCUCAAGAAAUGCAACAAAAAGUUCACAUACUUCAGAAGCUAUGCCCACAUCAACACCAGUAAGAGCAUCCAAUAAAAAAUUGCCAAUUUUGAAUCUCCAGAAAGUCAGCUGUACAGAACACAAUGAGAAUGUGGCAGGAGAAAAUGCAUUAUUUCAACAACCAAAAGAGAAUCAAGAACUAGUGUCUGAGAAGUCCCUAGAACCAAUUAUUUCUAUUGAAGGAAACUCAGCUGAUGAUUCAGAAGAGAAAGUGGAUAGUUCAUUGACAGAUGGAGAAAAUGCUGAGGACAAAAAUAAACAUCAAGAAAUAAAAGACACUCUCGCAAAAACAAUGGGUCUCAAAUUAGCUAAUGCUUUGAGUUCCAGUCGAUCCAGAAAAAAAGGAAAUCUUGUGAACUUUAGUGGCAAUACAAGUGAAGGCAGCUCAUCAGGUAGUCCAUUAAUGAAAUCUGGCACGUCACUUUCUCAUCUAAAAGCCCCUUCUAAAGAGCCAUCACAAAGUCUUGAAGUAAUAUGGGAUGAUUCAACAGCAAGGUUGGAGCAGCAAAAGUCAGCAGAAAAACUUCAGCAAGUCUGUCAACCAAGCCAAAAUACUGAUGAUUAUCUCCUGGCAGCCGUAGAAAUAACACAGCUAGGAAAAAAAAUAUAUAAAACUGAAGAAAGCCACCAAAACAAAUUUGCAAAUACUAAAUCCCCCACUCCUGAACCACCACCUCUUGCAUUUCCGAUUCCAAAGCCAACCAGCCAUGUCCAGGCACCCCAACCUAUUGAGCUAAUAAGCCCAGAUCCUGGUGAAUCAAAGACUUCAGUGAAAUCUGCUCCAGUAUUUAUAAUGUCAGGUUUACAGAAUGAGGAGAGAUUAGAUUAUUCAGCACUUGUUGAACGGCUAGGUGGGAAGACUUUAGAGUUUCCACACUUCCAUUCCUCUUGUACACAUCUUGUGGUUUCUCAACCAACCAGGAAUGAAAAAUGUUUAUCCUCGAUUGCUUCUGGUAAAUGGGUGCUGCAUAAAUCUUAUUUUGAGGCUUGUAGACAGGAAGGAAAGUUUGUAGAGGAAAGUCCACAUGAAUGGGGUUCUGAAUACACUUUAGCUUUAAUGAAAAGCAUGGACAAACAAAGUGCUAAGCUGGCUGCUGCAGCUCAUAAAUGGAGGAAAAACAUUGCUGACAGCAAAAAGAAAAAUCCUUCCUAUACUGGUGCAUUUGAUGGCUGGGAAGUCUUUUUAUGUCUUGACAGAAAGAAGGAAGAUAAUUUCAAACGUAUGCUGGAAGCAGGGGGUGCCACUGUCACUUCUUUGAGAUCUCCAUUCCCAGAAGAUGUAAAAGGAACACAUGCGUUUCUAGAUUUGAACAAGGUCAAGAUAGCUGAGCAAGACAUUGAGAAAUUACUGUUAGCUGAAAUUCACUGUUUAAAAGCAGAGUACAUUCCUGCAUAUCUUGUGGAGAACCCAUCACCAUCAGACUUUUAUCCAGAGCAAAUCAAUGUACUUAAGGCCUGUCUAUCUGGUAACAGUCGUAAGAGGCGCAGGGGAAGUAAUGACUCAGGAACAUCAAGUAAAAUAGCUCGACAUUAAUGUAGUAGAUUGUACAGAAUUGAAUUAAUUAACAUUAUUUAUGUACUAAACAUUUGAGUAUGUUUUUGUUAAAAUCUUUUUUUACCACUAUUUUGAUACAAGAGUGGUUUCAGGGUGACUGUUUUAUAAAUUUAUGUUGUUUGUUAUUUCUGAUCAUUUGUUGUUUUUUUUUUUAACCUGCUGAACUUGGUCUUUUUAAACCAGUCUGACAAACAUACUGUUAUUACUUUACCUUUUUUUAUGAAUAAUCUGUAUAUAAGUAUAUAUAAAUGAAAACUACAUAAGUUAUGUACAUAUAAAAUCAUAAGCCCAGGGUUCAAAGGGUUAAUUUUUUUGUUUCACAAUCAAAAUUAGUUUCAAAAAUUAUUUUUAAUUGUACAUGAUUAAUAAUGUAAUGUCUAGGCUCUUAUGGUUUGAAGUGAAACUGUCAUUUGAUUUACUUUAUGCAAUAAAUGGGUUGUAUUUUUUUUAUAGCAAA